AUGGCGCUCCGCGGAGCCUGCCUGCUCCUCUGCCUCGCGGCCCUCGCGCACCUCUCCGCGCAGCAGAGCCACAACGGCAAAGCCCGCCAGAAGCCGCCCRCCUCCAAGAAAGAUGGCGUGAGCGUCAAGAUGAUCGAGGAGCUGAAGGCCAUGAUGGAAAACAUCUCCCARGAGGUUGCCUUGCUGAAGGAAAAGCAAGCGCUUCAGACAGUUUGUCUGAAAGGCACCAAAAUCCACCUAAAAUGCUUUCUUGCAUUUACUGAGGCCAAGACGUACCACGARGCCAGCGAAAACUGCAUCUCUCAGGGCGGCACCCUCAGCACCCCGCAGAACGGCGAGGAGAACGACGCGCUCUACGACUACAUGCGGAAGAGCAUCGGCAACGAGGUGGAGAUCUGGCUCGGCCUCAACGACCUGGCGGCYGAGGGCAAGUGGGUCGACAUGACGGGCGCCAGCAUCCGCUACAAGAACUGGGAGACUGAGAUCACCACCCAGCCGGAUGGCGGCAAGUCGGAAAACUGCGCGGCCUUGUCGGGGGCCGCCAUCGGCAAGUGGUUCGACAAGAGGUGCAAGGAGCAGCUGCCCUACGUCUGCCAGUUCAUGAUCGUGUAAGAGCCGGGGCUGCUCCUGCCGGCCGGCUUGGCCCACUUGGCAGCAGGGUUAUAGAGCUAUAGGUAUGUGUAUGUGUACAUAUACACACGUGCACGCUCACACACACUCACACACAGCUAGAGUCACUUCUCGCAAAGAAACUUGUCGUGGCUUGGCAAUGGAUUAGGGAGAGUUAGACCUCAGCUGCAUCGCAUGCGGCCGCAGCCAGCUCUGCUAGCGGCUGCACCGUUCUUACUAGGCCAUGGUUUAUAGAUCUAUUUUUUUACACGGGAAAUUUAUUAGGAUGGCUUGGUCGUUUCAGCAAAGGACUAGUGCAAUGCGCCAGCUUUGCAAACCAGCCAGUCCGGCGCUCUGGGGCGGCCGCUCUGCAGUUUCCAUUCUUGCUGAACGUUGUUGAAGACCAGCAAAGCUGCUCUGUGCCUUCACCCCCUGUUCUGCUCCCUCAUAAACCCCGAGAGCGGUGGGAGCUGGGCACGAGGUGCACAGAACCACGUGUUAGUCACUCGCAGCCCUCAGAUCUGCUCCCUGCAUCCCCCCCCAAUCCUCCCAGGGAAGAUCCCAUCUCCAAGAGUAGGGAUAGUUACUUCUGCUUUAUGGUGAGAGAUGGAAUUGGGCUUAGUGGCUGAGCGAGCCAUGCAACUCCAUAGGUGGUCACACGAGUUGCAUUACUUAGAUAAAUAAGUCAGCAAGUAAGAGUCACGAGCUGCUUUGCKGAGUGUCCUUUUCAGAAGCACUUACCUUUUUGUUGGCUCAUUUCUUGUUAGCCAGUGGUAGAAGUUCCACUGAUUUCAGUGAGAGCUACUACCCCCAGCACCAGAUCUUUCAAAAAUCCCACCAGAAGCUUUAUUUGUGCUCCAGCAGCARGAGGGAAGCCGUGAGUCUUUCAGAGCUUACUCAGUCAAAUGUGUUCUAGGAAAUAGAGGAUGACAGUAUUAGGUAAAUGUCAGAAUUUUAAUGCCGUUAUAGAUGAGGCUCUCCUAUCAAAGACAAYUGUCCAUUGGAAACAAAUCCCUAGAAAAGGGAUUUUUGCCACUUUAGGAUCUGUUUUAGUGAUAGCAGCUCAGUUGAAAUGUACCAGUCCCUGUUGGUCAGAGCCCAAUUCUCAGCUAAAAUAAGCUGAGAACUUGUUUUAGUUCUCAGUCCAAGAGACUCCAAGACUUGGAGAGUCCUCCAAGCUCCGUUUGRGCUCAUAAAGUCAGAUCUGGCCUCAGCACGCAGUUGCUCAGUAAAGGGUGGAUGCCAAAAGAUAUAAAUGAGCAGCAGUAAUGGGAGAAAAAAAAAUGUUGCAGGCCACUGUGGGAACUUAGUGAGGUUUUAUUCACAUUGACUUGCUUACUGUUGGCCAAAACCUGUUUGUGGCUCGUUGAACGUUGGUGCUUUCUGGUAACACAUCUGG